UGCCAAAAAACGAAUUUUGAAACAUUUUCUUCUUUACGUAAUCGGUCAACGUAAUUUUAAAAAUUCUCUGUUAUAAUGAACUAGUAUAUUAUUAAAAUAACAAUAAAUAUUAUUAAUUGUGUCCGUAUAAGUGAUAAAGUGUAGUAAUCAUUUAUAACAAAUAUCAGAAGUUAUUAACUUUAGUUGUAAUCAGAUAACCCUUUAGGAGGUUACAAGAAUACUAUUCGGCAUUAAUAUUAAUUAAUCGCUUCUCGGCAUUCGAAGUAACAAGUGUAUUUCGUGUUUGUUUACGAAAUUAUAAGUAUCGAUCGUUAUAUGAAAUGUAUUGCUAGUUUGGUCGCGAUCAAUAUCUUAAUUUCUCGGUUUUUAGUCAUUUUUAAAUACAAUUAAUAUUAAUAAAACGGUCAAUUAAAAUCUUUGUAUUUUAUUGUUUUAUCCAAUUGUUCGGUGCAACGAAUAGUGAUUGUGACGAUUAUAAAGUAGUGUCACUGAUUAAACAAAAUGUCACAGAUGAGAUUGCUAAGUUGCAGCCGGCUGUUGUCUCGCGCCACGACACAGUCGGAGAUCGUGGAUUUCACACAAAAAAUUCCGCGGAAGAACCCCAGUAAUACACGCACAAUGGCUUCCAAAUCGUUGACCAUAGAAAACCUAAAUCCGAACAUUUUGAAAUUGGAAUAUGCUGUCCGCGGUCCUUUGGUAAUUCGCGCUGCGGAAAUUGAAAAGGAAUUACAAAAGGGUGCACAGAAACCAUUCGAUACUGUGAUUAAAGCGAACAUCGGAGAUGCUCAUGCUAUGGGCCAGCAGCCCAUCACCUUCAUCAGACAGGUGAUCGCAUGCAUCACUCUACCGGAAUUGAUAGAGAAAGGCGGGUACCCUGAGGAUGUUAAGCAGAGGGCCCGUGAUAUAUUGAACGGUUGUGGAGGCAAGUCUGUGGGCUCGUACACUGCGUCGCAUGGUAUCGAGCUGAUCCGCCGCCACGUGGCCGAGUACAUCGAGCGGCGCGACGGCCAUCCCGCCAACUGGCAGGACAUCGUGCUCUCCGCCGGAGCCUCCAACGCUAUCAAGAACGUGCUGCAGCUGUUCUGCAACCAGAUCGACGGCAAGAACUCGGGCGUUAUGAUCCCGAUCCCGCAGUACCCUCUAUACUCUGCCUCGCUGGCGGAGUACGGGCUGGAGCAGGUGGGGUACUACCUCGACGAGGACAACAACUGGGGACUCGACGUGGCCGAGCUGGAGCGGUCCCUCGCUGAGGCGGAGAAGACCACCAAAGUGCGGGCCAUUGUCAUCAUCAACCCCGGCAACCCCACCGGACAGGUGCUGACACGGGACAACAUUGAGUCCAUAAUAAAGUUCGCCCAUAAACACAACCUGUUCGUCUUCGCUGACGAGGUGUACCAGGACAAUGUGUACGCCAAGGGUAGCAAGUUCUUCUCCUUCAAGAAGGUGCUGACCGAGAUGGGCGCGCCGUACUCCGGCGCGGUGGAGCUGGCGUCGUUCAUGUCGGUGUCCAAGGGGUACAUGGGGGAGUGCGGGCUGCGAGGAGGGUGGGCCGAGCUGGUCAACCUGCGGCCGGACGUGCAGGCACACCUCUACAAGGCCAUCUCCGCCAUGCUCUGCCCCACCACGCUCGGGCAGGCCGCCGUCGACUGCACGGCGCGGCCACCGAGAGAGGGAGAGCCGUCAUACGCGCUGUGGAAGAAGGAACGUGACGGCGUACUGUCGUCUCUCAACCAGCGCGCGCACAUGAUCGCAGACACCUUCAACCAGAUGGAGGGCUUCCACUGCAACAUCGUGCAGGGUGCCAUGUACGCGUUCCCACGCUUCGAGCUGCCUCCGAAGGCGGUGGAACAAGCCAAGAAAGAGAACAAGGCUCCCGAUGUAUUCUAUGCUUUCAAAUUGUUGGAAGAGACAGGUAUCUGCAUCGUUCCCGGAACUGGAUUCGGUCAGCGUCCCGGCACGUACCACUUCCGCACCACGAUCCUGCCGCAGCCCGCGCUGCUGCAGCAGAUGUUGAACAUCUUCAAGGACUUCCACGCCAAAUUCACUAACGAAUACAAGUAAACACGCACGGACACGCUGUAACCAGUCCCGACACGCA